GCUAUUGUUUGUCUAGUCAAUUAUGAUCAGCAGCUAUUUAAAAUCCCAAAAGCCUACAUUUUGUCUUUUGAUACUAUCCUUAUUUGAGUAGGUGGAAAAUGGGGAAUGAAAAUCAUUUAACACAUGUUUUGUACAACACAAAUGUGGAAAGGUUGUAGUUAUAGCUAGUGGAAUGCAACUCCUGUACAUUCCAACCACAAUUCCUGGUUCCAGUUAUAGCACGAAAGCAAGUUGGAAGUGAUUUUUUGCGCACUACAAUGUAGAUAAAUUGAUUUUGAAUUGAAGCCACUGUACCCCUAGCUUUUGUGUUAAAUGUAAAACAUUAAGUUUUACUGCUAACUUAUUCUAAAAAUAAGAUUAAGAACAUCCAAACAUAAAUCACAUCACUUCAAAAUCAAUUUUAACCAAAAUCAAAUUUACACAAUCAAUUUUGCAAAUGCUGGCUCCAACACACUAAAACUGAAGUCAAUUGCUACUAAUUAUGAUCCUUCUUCACUUCUUUUUAUACGACAUGGCAUCACCCGUAGUAAAUGGAUUUUAUAAAGUAGAAAACUUGGACACAAUACUAACAUGGCACUGUUAGUAAUGUUCUCUAAUAAAAAUUAGAGUUUUACAUUUAAUUGAAUCAAUUUUGAUUGGAGAACAACACCAACAAUACCUAUGGUACUAUAUUUCCCUUUAAUCCAUCCACUUCACCAUGUCAAGUUUGGAGGAGCCACUUGGUCUUGACAAGUUGCCAAGCAUGAGUACCAUUGAUAGGAUUCAGCGAUUCUCAUCUGGUGCUUGCCGUCCCAGAGUAGAUAACUUGGGCAUGGGAAACUGCUGGAUUGAAGGACCAAGUUGCAGCACAUCUAACAGCUGCAAUGAAGAUGAUGAAGAGUAUACAGCAGAGACUUUCCCAUGGAAAAGACAAACAAGAGACUUAUCCCGAGAUGGUUCUUUCAGUCAAAAGACUCUAACCAAAGGGAGAAAGUCAAUGAAAUUUGGAAUGAUUGAUGAUUCAUUCUCUGAUUGCCAAAACAGUCCAAAAUGCAAUACUAUAGAUUUGCAAGAUUUGGCUUAUAAGUUUCUGAAUGGUAUACCAAAGUUUGUAAAGAUAGUAGAAGUUGGUCCAAGGGAUGGAUUACAAAAUGAGAAGAAUAUUGUACCAACAUCUGUAAAGAUUGAAUUGAUUCAUAGACUAGCUUCUACUGGGUUAUCUGUUAUUGAGGCUACAAGUUUUGUUUCUCCCAAAUGGGUCCCACAGUUGGCUGAUGCAAAGGAUGUAAUGCAAGCAGUGCAUAGCUUGAGAGGCAUCAGAUUGCCAGUUCUGACCCCUAAUUUAAAGGGUUUUGAGGCUGCAAUAGCUGCUGGUGCUAGAGAAGUUGCUAUUUUUGCAUCAGCUUCUGAAUCAUUUUCAAAAUCAAACAUUAACUGUAGUAUCGAAGAGAGCCUUAUUCGUUUCCGAGCUGUUACUCGUGCUGCUAAACAACUCUCAAUUCCUGUUCGAGGGUAUGUAUCAUGUAUUGCUGGAUGCCCAGUGGAAGGACCAAUCCCUCCUUCAAAAGUGGCCUAUGUUGCUAAAGAACUAUACGAUAUGGGUUGCUUUGAAAUCUCCCUUGGUGACACAAUUGGAGUUGGCACGCCAGGAACUAUAGUUCCUAUGCUUUUGGCUGUGAUGGCUGUUGUUCCAAUAGAUAAGCUUGCUGUUCACUUCCAUGACACUUACGGGCAAUCCCUUCCAAAUAUACUGGUGUCCCUCCAAAUGGGGAUUAGCACAGUGGAUUCCUCUGUUGCGGGUCUUGGUGGGUGCCCAUAUGCGAAGGGAGCUUCAGGAAAUGUUGCCACUGAAGAUGUUGUGUACAUGUUGAACGGCCUAGGUGUCAAAACCAAUGUUGAUCUUCCAAAACUCAUGUUGGCUGGUCACUUCAUCAGCAACCAUUUGGGGAGGCCAUCCACUUCAAAAACUGCCAUUGCCUUCAAUAAUAGUCACAACUGAUGCCUGCAAACAUAUCAUAUUAAAUGUACCAUCAAGAUACUUUAUGUUAAUAUGCUUCAAGCAGUGUGGUAUGACCACUCUGACUCUAUACAUAUUAUGUUUCUUUGUUCUUCUGCAUGAUGUAGUAGAAGAAGAAUAACAUGUUCAUUCACAUGGAUGAGUUUUAGGAUGG